GCGGCGGGGGCGGCCCGGCCCGAUCCGAUCCAUCCCGGCCCGGUCCAGCCUGGCCCGGCCCGCCGCCAUCCCCUCCCUCCCUCCAUCCCACAGGGAAGAUGCCCAAGAAAGGAGGGAAGAUUGCAGACGUGGUAAAGGAAACACAGGCUCAGUGCAAACGGCCCAGGUUGGAUGCAGCUGGUUCUCCAUCAGUCCUGAGUUUUGAGAGCCCAGACAGCCUCUUCAGGAGCCUGAUCUCUCCCAUCGGAGAAGAGGAGUUUUUCAGGGACUACUGGGAGCAGAAGCCACUGCUUGUUCAGAGGAAUGAUGUCCUGGUGGCUGCUUACUACCAGUCCCUGUUCCAGCUGUCACACUUGAAGGAGCUGUGCAGCCAGGGCCUGUACUACGGGCGGGAUGUGAAUGUCUGCAGGUGUGUCAAUGGGAAAAAGAAGGUUUUAAAUAAAGAAGGUAGAGUGAAUUACAUGCAGCUGAAGAAGGAUUUUGACCAGAAAAAGGCAACAAUACAGUUUCAUCAACCUCAGAGAUUUAAGGAGGAGCUGUGGAAGAUUCAGGAGAAGCUGGAGUGUUACUUUGGGUCUCUGGUGGGCUCCAAUGUUUACAUCACUCCCCAGGGGUCUCAGGGCCUUCCCCCUCACUACGAUGAUGUCGAGGUGUUCAUCCUCCAGCUGGAAGGAGAGAAGCACUGGCGGCUCUACAAACCAACGGUGCCUUUGGCUCGGGAGUACAACGUUGAGCCAGAAGAGAGGAUUGGGAGUCCCACACAUGAAUUCAUAUUAAAGCCAGGUGACUUACUGUACUUCCCAAGAGGGACUAUUCACCAAGCUGACACUCCUCAUGGGAUCUCCUAUUCAACACACGUGACCAUCAGCACCUACCAAAACAACUCUUGGGGAGAUUUCUUACUGGAUGCAAUUCCUGGCCUGGUGUUUGAUGCAGCAAAAGAGGACGUGGCGCUGAGGACAAGCAUUCCAAGGCAACUGCUCAUGCAGGUGAACACAGCUGACUGCACCAAAAAGCUGAGCAGCCUUCUGAGAAGGCUUGCAGACAGUCUGGAGAACUCCAGGGAACUGAGAUCAUCCGACAUGAAGAAGGAUUUCAUCAUGCACCGGUUGCCGCCGUGCUUGGGAUGUGACUCUGAUCCUUUGACUCCAGGUGGGAAAUUGCCAAAAAUAGAUAGCAAAAUCAGACUGCAAUUUAGAGACCAUGCUAUCAUCACUGUGGAACCAGAUCAAGAGAAUGCUGAUGAAAUUCGGAGGGAGAUGGUUUAUGUGUAUCAUUCCUUAAAGAACAGGAGAGAAACUCACAUGAUGGGGACAGAGGAUGACACUGCCAGUGAGGAUGGCCUGGCACAGCAGGUCCUGUCUGAGGCUGCUGGAGAUGUAGCACACAUUCCAUGGGGAUCACUGCACCUCACUUCUGUCAUGUUAAACCUGUGGUAGCUCCUGUAUGCACUGCAACACCCUGUGUAGGGCUGCUCGCUUCAGCCUGGGGCAGGUCAGCACUGGGAGUAAAGACCUCACUCUUCCAAAAUCUAAUUCAGGUCUGCACAACUCCACCAAGGAGGCAGAACAGAGCACAGCCUGGCCUUGGCUUGGCCAUUGCUGCAAGGCUGUUAUUUCCCUUUUCAGCUAAAUCUCACUGCUCCUCUAGAGCUGAGGCUGGACACUGGUACCUGAGCUGCACAUAAUAUCUCAGGAUGUUCCUUCCUGCUCUUAAAAAAGAGUGUGGGAAUGAAGGUUCUCUGUGUUUCUGUGCCCAAAGACUGCGUAUGUCAGCUAGAACUAAAGCUCUGUGACCUUGCUAAAAUAAUGGGAAGAGUUAGCAAGAGGGUAAAUUUAAAUUUUUUUUUUUCUUCUGUGCCAUAACAUCCCUACCUUGUAAAGUGUGCUACAGUAUGGAAGAGUUACAGUUUUAUUUAAACCUAUUUUACUUAGAGGUAUCUUCUGAGGCAUGCUCUCACCAACAGGAGUGUGCUGUGGGAAUGGAGCACAUUCCUGCUGCUCCCUCCCCACAGCCUCACACCCUGGUGUGUAAUCAAGUCACUGCACUUUGCUCAGGGGCUUUUUCUGUCUCCUUUU